GCUCCGUGGCUGGUUCCCUUCCGGCUGGCGCCUCCGGCGGGACCAGAAGACAUGGGCAGUACCUGGCGGAGCCCUGGGUGGGUGCGGCUCGCUCUCUGCCUCGCGGGCUUAGGACUUUCUCUCUACGCGCUGCACGUGAAGGCGGCGCGCGCCCGGGACCGGGAUUACCGCGCGCUCUGCGACGUGGGCACCGCCAUCAGCUGUUCGCGCGUCUUCUCCUCCAGGUGGGGCCGGGGCUUCGGACUGGUGGAACACGUACUGGGCAAGGACAGCGUCCUCAAUCAAUCCAACAGCAUAUUCGGUUGCAUCUUCUACACACUACAGUUGUUGUUAGGUUGCCUACAGGGCCGCUGGGCAUCUGUCCUGCUGGUGUUGAGUUCCCUGGUGUCUCUAGCUGGUUCUGUCUACCUGGCCUGGAUCCUGUUCUUCGUGCUCUAUGAUUUCUGCAUUGUUUGCAUCACCACCUAUGCCAUCAAUGUGGGCCUGAUGGUGCUGAGCUUCCGGGAGGUCCAGGAACCCCAGGGCAAGGUCAAGGGGCACUGAGCCCUCACCCCAAGCCAGGCUGACCUCAUCUCCUCUGCUUUGGCUUGUGAUCUUUGCCCAAGGAGGCUACGUCUGGAUCCUUAGAAGAGUCUGCAACCUGCCCCCUGCCAUACUCCCACACAGGACAAUGGACCAAACAUGCCACACUGUUUCCCUCACCUUAGUGCCUCUGGCUCUGUCCCCAAAGACUGGUUUCCAAAGUUCCUGCUAUUGCCCAAGGAGGGAUGGUUCAGAGCAAUAAAAUUCCUUAAAUAAAUUA